UUUAAGCUGAGGCCAUUUGAUCUGGUCCUUGUCUAAGCUGCAGUGGGUGCACGAUGGACUUGUAGCUCUUGACAUCCUGGCUCUGGACCCACCGUGUGACAUCCCUGAGGAUCUGGACUGUGACUGUUCCUGGCUGAGCUGAACUCCUCAUCAAAAAUGAAGCUGGGUUUGAUCUUCAGUGCCCUCUUCGGGGUUUCCUUGUGCCUGGAAACUUAUGUUGGGCACCAAGUUCUCCGAAUCAAGCCAAAAAAUGAGGAGGAGAUUAAGAAGUUACAGCAUUUGGAAACGAUGGGACACCUUGAGCUUGAUUUCUGGAAGAAUCCCACCGCCCCAUCCUUCCCUGCGGAUGUGAGAAUCCCUGCUAAAAGAGUCCCAUUAGUCAAAGCCUUCCUGGAAUCCCAUGGGUUUGAGUACUCUGUUCUCAUCAAAGACCUGCAAGUUGUUCUAGAUAAAGAGAAGCAAGAUAUGGCCCAAAGUCUGCAAAAGGAUCGCAGCACCGCCACUUUUAACUAUGGAACUUACCACUCCUUAGAUUCCAUUUAUGCAGAACUAGAUCAUCUUGCAUCUGCCUUUAACAACAUUGUCCGGAAGAUCCAGAUUGGGGAAUCCUAUGAAAAGCGGCCUUUGUUUGUGCUUAAGUUCAGCACUGGAGGACGCAAACGACCUGCAAUCUGGCUUGAUGCUGGUAUCCAUUCCCGGGAGUGGGUUACCCAAGCGAGUGCAAUGUGGAUAGCUAAACAGAUUGCCUCUGAGUAUGGGAAUGAUCCAUCCACCACCUCUCUGCUGAACAAAAUGGACAUUUUCCUGCUGCCUGUUGCAAACCCUGAUGGAUAUGUAUUCACUCACACCACUAACCGCAUGUGGCGGAAGACCCGCUCCAGGAAUAAAGGCAGUUUGUGUGUUGGAGUUGAUCCAAACCGGAACUGGGAUGCAGGUUUUGGAGGUCCUGGAGCCAGUAAUAAUCCCUGUUCUGACUCUUACCGUGGGCCCAGGGCCAACUCGGAGGUGGAAGUUAAAUCCAUUGUUGACUUUAUAAGGAAUCAUGGAAACAUCCAGGCCUUCCUCACCCUCCACAGCUACUCUCAGCUUCUGAUGUAUCCCUAUGGCUAUAAAUGCACUCAAGCAGCAGACUACGACGAGCUGGAUAACUUGGCAAGAGCUGCUGCCUAUUCUAUCCGGUCCAUUUAUGACACCACCUUUAAAGUGGGGAGCAUCUGCAAAACUAUCUACCAAGCCAGUGGAAGCAGCAUUGACUGGAGCUAUGAUUAUGGCAUCAAAUACUCUUUUGCCUUUGAGCUGCGAGACACAGGUCGCUUUGGUUUCCUCCUGCCAGCCAACCAGAUUAUCCCAACUGCAGAGGAGACCUGGCUGGGCCUGAAAACAAUCAUGGAACAUGUGCGAGACAAUCCCUACUGAAAGCUGGGUGGGAUUGAGCUUUCUGUAAGGAGCAAGCUCAUAAAUCCUCUUCCCUUUUUGAGCUUGUGACAGCUGUAAUGAUAUGAAUCAGAAUGGUUUGGGUUAGAAAGGAUUUUAAAGCUCCUCCAGCUCCAGCCCCUGCCACAGGCAGGGACACCUUCCACUGGAGCAGCUGCUCCAAGCCCCUGUGUCCAA